CACAGAAGGGGAGACACACAGUGGCUGAUAUGGUCUGCUCAGUGGAGAUGUUGUAAAAAGGAGUUUUCAGACUUUAUGAAAGAAGCCUUCCACAGUGUCACAAUGUGGACAGCUGGAUCCAGAAGCUCCGUCAGUCCCGCUGCUGUCACCGGGGUGUCCUGCCUACUGGUGACCGGGAUGCUGCUGCUCUCUGUCGGACACACGGGCAGUGGAGACCCGGUGGAGCUUCAAGCUGCAUCGACGAGCGGGAAAGUUUUCUCGGGGUAUUUCAAGAAACUUACCCGGGAGAGGAGAGCUAUAAGCCCGCCUCCGAGGAGAAGCGCUCCCCCCGGGCCGGUGGAGCCUCUCUCCCCGGCUGACCUGUUCAUAGCGGUGAAAACCACUGGGAGGUAUCACCGGCAGAGACUGGAGCUGCUGCUUGACACCUGGAUCUCCAGAAACAUGCAACAGACGUUUGUGUUCACUGACGGAGAGGACGAGGAGCUGAGGAAAAAAAUGGGAGAUCACCUGAUCAACACCAACUGCUCCGCUGCACACAAUCGGCAGGCUCUUUCCUGUAAAAUGGCUGUGGAAUAUGACACUUUCAUCAACUCUGGCAAGAAGUGGUUCUGUCACGUGGAUGAUGAUAACUACCUGAACGUGGGCUCCCUGCUGAAGCUGUUGUCUCAGUUCAGUCACACUCAGGACGUUUACAUCGGCCGGCCCAGUCUCGAGCGACCCAUAGAAGCCACGGAGAAGCUCGGCACCACGGAAAUGAAGCAGGUGCGUUUCUGGUUCGCCACAGGAGGAGCCGGAUUCUGUCUGAGCCGCGGCCUCGCUCUCAAGAUGAAAACCUGGGCGAGUGAUGGCACCUUCAUGGCAACGGCUGAGCACAUCCGCCUCCCGGACGACUGCACCGUGGGUUACAUCGUGGAGGCGCUGCUGGGUGUCAGCCUCCUCCGCUCAGCGCUGUUCCACUCUCACCUGGAGAACCUGGGGCUGGUGUCAGACAUACACAACCAGGUGACUCUCAGCUAUGGCACAGUGGAAAACAGCAGAAACAUGGUCAAUGUGAAUGGACCGUUUUCAAUAAAUGAUGAUCCUACAAGGUUCAGGUCGGUCCAUUGUCUGCUGUACCCAGACACUGCUUGGUGCCCCCGCCCUCGGCGACUCUAACACCCACCCAGAGACAGGCUGACUGCUGGAGGAGGACAAAGUAAAUCCCAUUUUUUCUCUGGAGGACGAGGAAAUCAUUGCAGACAUCCAGGAAUACAGAGGAGGAGUCUCACUGCCGCCCUCCUCUGGCUCACCAGUGAUGAAGAGUCUCUGAAACAUUUGGUAAAUGCUUCCUCUCGUCCGACAGCAGUGUGAGAACUUUACGAGGGACUGCCAUUUUAUAAGUCUGACACCUGAACUCUGACUCUGGGUGCCAAAAGGCCAAACAUUGCAACAAGAGAAACAGACUAAAGGUCUGAACCAACAAAUGAACCAGAGAGUAUAUCCAGUGACUGCUGUUUAAUGCUUUUCCACACAUUUCAAAGGUAGAAGAAUAUGUUACUUGCCAACCCUGUGCUCCUUACAUGCUCAAGUGUUAUCAGUUUGUAAUUUAAAACAUGGCACGGUUACAGAGAAAACAUGGAGGAACAAAGAUCUGUUAUUUUUCAGCAUAAUGAGGUGACAACAAUCUGGGAAAUGAUUGUUUUAUCUGACGUUUAUCCUCUUCGUGUCAGCAUUAUGUUUUCUCUGUAGUAUAUCAUCAUGACUGUCAUUCUUUAUCCUGCUUAUCUUAAAUGAAUUUCAGGAAAUACGCUCAUUUGUUUUCUUAGAGUUAGAUAACAUGGUCAUAUGUGAGCUUUAGGGGUGAUUAGUAAACGUCGUUGUUUACCCUCAGACAAAAACAGCUAACAGUUUCCUCCUGUCUUUAUGCUAAGCUAAGCUAAGCUAACUCUCCUGGUUUUAGCUCUCCAUUUUUUAUACGGACACAAAGGAAGAGGACAUCGUUGCAUUAAUUUCAUGGCAUAAAAGCAAAUGAUAGUAUUUCUCCAAAUGAUGUUACUCUUCAAAAACUUUGUGUGAAGCUCAAAAGUUAAUAUUUUAAACGCCGCUCUAACAAAUAAUGCUUUUAACUGCCUCUAUCCAUUUCAAUAGCUGAGUUGUGAUCAUUAAUGAUGCUUUUAAAACGUCCCUGAUUGACUCAUGUUGGGUCGUGUUUUAUCUUUCUGUGCUUUGAAAGCUUAUGUCACAACUGAAUGAAAGUUGUUAAAUUAAAUUCAUUCCCGUGUAAAAUGAAUGUUUAUGAUGAACCGUUGUUUCUGAAGCGUACAUGCUGACUCCAGUAUCUGGACUGUGUGUAGACGUGUAAUAAAAACAGUUUUUGCUCCGUU